AUGUCUGAUUUAAUAUUAAAUUUUCUAACGAUUGUUAAAGAAUUUAAAACACCAGAAUGUAAAAGAAAGGUAUUGGAGAUGGAUAUUAGUGAUCCAGAUUGUAAUUUCUUAAUUAGCUUUUGGCCUUUUAUGAAAUCGUUGACUCAAUUGCAGAAUUUACAAUAUCGUGCUAAGGUGACUCAUUUAAUUAUUGAUAUUUUGUCUAAAGAUAAAAUGUUAAAUUAUACACAAAAACCCAUAUUGUGGAAUUUGCAGCUUACAGAGAGGCCGCUACAUGAAAUAGCUGAUAACUGGAAAGAGAUUGCGAAAAGUCUUGGUGAUGAUGUUACUGCGGACGAUUGCAAAGGUAUAUGGAAAGGUUUACGUGAUGCUUAUCGUGUAAUUAAAUAUCGCAAACGAAGUCGUAUGAAGAGAGAUAAGCGAUGCGGUAAAUACGAUCCUAACAAAGAUUACAGCAGUAAGUGGGUGUAUUCUGAACCCAUGAAAUUUUUAGAUGGAUAUUCAAAGUGUUCAAGGGAUAGCGAUUCCGAUCAGGGUACAAAAUUGGUAACGGUGGAAAAUAACAAACAUGUUAUUAUUGAAAAUCAGAGAGAACUAAGUAAAGAUUGUAUGAAUUUGAAUUCUCCCCUAAAUGAUGAUAAUAUAUCAUCUCACAGUAGCCCUUCAAAAACUUUAUCCAAUGAAAAAGACCUGUUAGACGAUUCUGAUGAAGAUGAUUUAUUAAAGCGUCUGAAAUCCUGUGAACAAUAUACUCGAAGAGAUGAAAAUAAAGUCUCAUAUAUUAGACAAAAUCGAAAAGAAAUUAAACGUAAAUCACCUAGAUGCCAAAGUCGUUUAAACAAAAGUUCAACGCCCCAGCAAAAGUCUAGUAAUACAACAAAUGAAAAUUCUCUAAACCAGAAUUGCCUAAAUGAAAGUGAUUUUAUACCAUCGUACAGUAAAAAACCGCAAAGUUCUUACUAUCAAAUAAAUUUUAUUGAAGAGACUGAUGAGGAGGAAACAAUAAUGAGAUCACAACAUAACCAAUAUCCUACAGCUGACAUAAAAGAAGAACCACCACUUGAUAUCGAGACGGUUUCGCAUUCCUUGGUCGAGGAAAAGAGAAAAGUUAAACCUCAAAGUCUAGCUAAAAAUUCAAAGCGACAGCAAACGCGUAAUUUGCAUGGAAAUACUCAAAAAGAUGAAAAUCUACCAAUAACAUUGAAUGAAAAUAAUAAUAGGCAACAUUCCAGAACAACAGUUCAACAAGAUGUUGGCGAUCCAGAUUGUAAUUUUUUGAUCAGCUUUUUGUCUCACAUGAAAUCAUUAACCGCUCUACAAAAUCUACAGUUUCGUGUUCAAAUGUCUGAUUUAAUAUUAAGUUUUCUAACGAAUUCUUCUUCUGCUAAUGAAUCUAAAGCAUCAGAUGGUAAUACAAAGAUAUCAGCGUUAGAUAUAAGCGAUCCAGAUUGUAAUUUCUUAAUGAGUUUUUGGCCCUAUAUGAAAUUGUUGACUCAUUUGCAGAAUUUACAAUAUCGUGCCAAGAUGUCCCAUUUAAUGAUUGAUAUUUAUUCUAAAAAUGAAAUCUCAAAUGAUAUUUAA